AUGAGUUCUUCUUUAAAUAAUACUGUCUCAGAUAACGUCAAUAAUCAAAUUUCUACAGAUAAAUAUGUUAAAGCAAUGAUGAUUGUGUGCUUUUUUAGCACGUUAAGUAACGCUACAUCUUUUAUACUCCCUAUAUGGAAAAUAAUGAAAAAAAAUAUAAGACCGACAAUGGACUCUUUUUUAGUGUUAAAUUUGAUCGCUUCAAAUUUUUUCCUGUGUUUGGGUUUCAUGUUUAAUUAUAACUGGUUAAGAUUUGGUGUUAUAGAAACAGGUGCCAUCUGUAGUAUACAAGGUUUUCUUAUAAACUUUGGUGACGUUACUUCAGGGUUUUGGAUACUUGUGUUAUGUAUUUAUAUGUAUAUGCCCGCUCGUUACGACUGUUCACGUUUGGUAAUCAUAAGCAUGAUUAUAAUAUGGCCUCUUAAUUUAAUAAUUUCCCUCUUGGGUUUGGCAAUUCAAACUCCUAAUUCUCCUUUUUAUGAUGCCACACAUAGUUCUUGGUGUUGGAUUUCUUAUAAUUAUAAAACUUCUAGAAUUGGUUUUAAUUAUUUUAUUACCUUGGCAAUUACCAUCAUAGUGAUCAUUCUAUUGGCAAUUUUAUAUUGUAGACUAAAAAAAAAUUCUCAAUACGUUAAUAAGAUAUUAAUAUGGUAUCCAUUAGCCUACAUUAUUCUUGUAGUUCCAUUGAAUAUUCACCGAUUUGCCGCUAUGAUUGAUUACGAACUUCCCUUUGUAUAUAAUACAUCCACAUCCACGCCUCCUCAGCGUCCUCCUACUCCAAUAUAUGGAAUACGUCGCCCUCCCCCAAUAAACGGAAUACAACGACCAUUAAGCCCUUUUAGCCCUACAACUUCGAGUAGAAUGCUACUUAGCUCUCCCUCUCCUACCAGGACUAAUUUUUCCACCCCUCCAAUAACUCCUAAUACUAUUAAUUUUCCUGUUCAAUUAUCUCCUAAUACUGCUACUUUUCCUGCUCCAUUAUCUCCUAACACUGCUACUUUUCCUGCUCCAUUAUCUCCAAUAUCAUUUACGAAUUCACCCACUAGAGUUUCAUUUAACCCAAGCGAUCGAUAUAGAUUUUCUUAUCCUGAAAAAAAUGAUUCAUCAAUAUCACCUAUACCAGUCAAAACAACGUCCAAACCUGUUAAAUCACCUGAAUUAGCAAAAAGUGAUCAAUCAAUUUCAAAUUCAAACCAUACUGAUAAACGUAAUAAGCCUCGACCUAGUACAUUUGGUAGUCUCGCUGAUAUUGUAUCACAUUCACCUUUAACUAAAUUACAACCUGAAAUUUUAAUUGAAAGGGAU